UCGAAGGAUAGUAGGUCAAAGGCAGUUCAGAGGUAACGGCAUGAACCAUUUUUGAUGGCGGCCUGGCAAAAGCCGGGCGGUUAUUACCUAACUGUUACAUGUCUGUACAGUAGCUUAUUGUAAAAAAAAAAAAGCAAACACAGGCAACCCGACGUUGCUUGUGGUAACAGGUGAGAAACGACGGAUAUCUCCAUCCGCAGUCAUGUCGUACUGCAAGCAAGAGGGUAAAGACCGCAUAAUCUUUGUUACCAAGGAGGACCAUGAAGCACCUAGCAAUGCUGAGCUCAUUGCAGACGACCCCAAUGACCCUUAUGAAGAUCAAGGGCUGAUCCUGCCCAGUGGGGAGAUCAACUGGAACUGUCCGUGUCUGGGAGGGAUGGCCAGCGGGCCCUGCGGCACCCAGUUCAAGGAAGCCUUCUCCUGCUUCCACCACAGCAGCGAGGAGGUGAAGGGUUCAGAGUGCGUGGACAACUUCCGCGCCAUGCAAGAGUGCAUGCAGAAGUACCCCGAGCUCUACCCGCAGGAAGACGAGAACCAAGGCGCUGCCUCUGGAGGGUCCGACGCUCCCACCGAGGACUCUGCCCCAACCCCCACUAGUGACUUAACACCCACGCCGGAAUCUGCCCCCUCAUCCGACAACACGCCACCCACAGACAUCCAGGCCCACAGCUAAAGUCACCCGUCCUCACCGAGUCUCCCUGAAACCAUUGCAGAACACAUGCCGCCCAGUGGAGAUCCACCGUGUGUUGGCUGAUGAUUCGGGCGUGUUGUCGGGGCUCAACAUUCACCACUAGGGAGAAUGACUUAAAGGGAGGCCUAGGACUGCCGAGGAGUCCUGUCUCUCACAGGGAAUAUCAGUUAAUGCCAUGAGAGGUGUAGGAUAACGCAGAAGAAAUACAGAUCUAUUUCUUAUAUACUUUAUUAUUCAUUCAUCGUGCUCCCGAUGUUCCUACAGUGGUCAUUUUGUAUAGGAGAGCUUGUUUGCUGCGAAAGAGAAGUGAAAAGUCUCUCAUACUAUACUAUUCUGCCGCUUGUCAUCAAGUUUCAAAUAAAGUCAUCUGUGCCAUUCUGUGUUAAUUGUACACUGGAGUUUAGAAAUCUACUGUCAAUGUUACUGCUCAAAGUAUUUAGUGUUCACUUGCCCAUAGUCAACUAGUAUCGAGUGAUAACUAAUGUACGAGUACUCAAUUGCUGGCCAAAGAUUAUGUCACAGGCCUCCUUUGGUCAAAAGUCCUGAGUGUUGCUGGUGCUGGUAUGAUUUUCCACCCAUCAGUUUUUCUCGGUUAAAUCUCAAAUUUAGCACCGUCUUUAUGACCUUCAUGACCUCACUAUGAAUAGAUCUGCCCACCUAAUAGCCUCCCUUCAUAACCCAUGCUGCUCUAAUUCAGUGAAAAUCCUUUGUGUCUAUGCAAUGACUUCCUUGAGAAUCUGACACUGCAAACCAACCGGUUUGGUUGUGCGGCGCUUACACGUUCUCCAUGGAAGCGAGCGCUCUGUAAUGUGUUGCUGAUUGACUGUGACAAGACUAAUCAGUGGGAGAGCUUUGAUGACCUUGGGGCUGAAUCCUAACUUGGUUUGUAAUUAUUAUCAUCAUGCAUAUCGCAGUGUCAUAAAAUACAUGAUUUAUGGGAGCAUUUGGGCUUUUGAGAUUCAGGGCUUCUGUUUGGAGUCCUUAUGCCCUGUAAGGCCCUCUGGCUUUGGUGCUGCCUACUAUGAUCAACCACUGUUCUGUUAGAGUGAUAGAGGUGCUGGUAUAGUAUGAUAACUGAGUUGUGUGAAUCCUGAGGGUCCAUCCAAAGCAAGUUUUUCUUUCACCUGCUUUUACAACAUCAUUUGUAGCCUUAAUUCACUGGUACUCCCUUUUACAUGCCCUGAUUAAAAGUGGAUGCUGAACCAUG